UAUCCCUCCAUAAAACCUAAAGAAGCAGAAGAGAGCCGGACACGGAGAACAGCGAGAGGAGCACGAAAAUAAAACCAUACACGCACAUUGAUAACGAUGGAAGUUAAAGAGGAACCUCAGGAACUUGUAGUGGAGGAUAUACAACAAGAACCUUGUGAUGUCGUCACUGAAGAAAAAUCUUCUGAUUGUUUAGAAACAUCUAUUAAGACAGGAGAAACCAAAUAUUUUGUAAUUUUCCAUCAGUGUGGAGAGAGUUCAACAAAUAAAGGUAAUCAUAGCAAUAACAAUAAAGAGAAACGUCACCCGUGCCAACACUGUGGAAACAUUUUUACAUGUACAUGUGAUCUUAAUAGACAUUUGGGAAUUCACACUGAAGAGAGGCUGAACAUAUGCACACAGUGUGGAAUGAGUUUUACACAUUCAAGUCACUUAGAUGCACAUUUAAGAACUCACACUGGAGAAAAGCCCUUCAUCUGUCUUCUGUGUGGAAAGAGUUUUACACAGAAAGGAACCCUUAAGAUGCAUGAACGAAUUCACACUGGAGAGAAACCAUACACCUGUGCUCAAUGUGGAAAGGGUUUUACCCAGAAAGGUACGCUUAAGGUUCAUGAACUAAUUCACACUGGAGAGAAGCCAUACACCUGUCCUCAAUGUGAAAAGAGUUUUACAAUGAGAAGGCAUCUUAAGGAUCACAUAACAUUACACACAGGGGUGAAACCUUACACCUGUCCUCAUUGUGGAAAGAGUUUUACACAAAAAGCUCAUCUUAAGAGUCACAUAACAAUUCAUACAGGCAAAAGACCUUUCACUUGCCCUCAGUGUGGGAAGGGUUUCAUACAAAAAGGAUUUCUGGAAGAUCACUUGAGAAUUCAUACAGGAGAGAAACCUUUCACUUGUACUUUGUGUGAAAAGAGUUUCACACAUGCAUUCAGUCUCAGAGUCCAUGAGCGAACUCAUAAUGAAGAAAAAUUAUUUAACUGUGAUGACUGUGGGAAAACAUUUGUUUCUGCAUUGAUCUUAAAAAGACACUUGAAAAUUCAUGUCAGUGAGAAGCCCUACACGUGUUAUGUUUGUCGGAGGAGUUUUACACUGAUUGAAUAUUUAAAAAAACACCAGAAAAUGCAUACUGAUGAGAAAACUCAUGUGUGCUCUGAGUGUGAGAAAACUUUUUUGACACCCGAAGCCUUGACAAAGCACCAAAGAGUUCAUACUGGAGAGAAACCAUACUCAUGUUCACAUUGUGGUAAGAAGUUCUCCUAUGCAGGUAACUGGAAAAGUCACGAGAGAAUCCAUAAUGGAGAGAAACCAUAUCACUGCCCUCAAUGUGGAAAGAGUUUCACCUCAUCGAUGGGUCUAACGAAUCAUACAAAAUCAUGUUGCUGAAUGUAGGUGCCAAACUCUACCAAACAGCAGUGUUUUUUGUGGAGAUUUUCUUGCUUAUUGUAGCUCAGGUGAGAUAAAAACUAAAACUAAUUCUUAAUAUACUCGCUCUCAAUCCCACAUGAAUAUGACUUUUCUAUUCUAUUUUCUGCAGAAGAAAAGCUAAAUAUUUUGACAAUAUGCAAUCCUUACAGAUUAUUGAAGGUCUGAAAAGCAAAUACAUCCAUUUCAAAAGUAGCCCAUUCAGUUAUUUAAAAAAUUAAUGUCUUCUAUAAUGAAAUGAAAGGUUUAGAAUGGUUUUCUUACACCUAUCUGGUUUGAGUUCACUGAAAGCUCAAAAUAUGAAAGCUGACGUGACGAUAAGACAUUUAUUGAUCCACUAAGGUUUGAAUUCCUUUUAGAUAUGGUAACACUUUUGGAGCUUCAACAUGUUGGAAUGAUGGUGGGUAAAAUAUAAGUGAAUUUCCAUUUUGGGUGAACUAUUCCUCCUUUAACUAGAGAUGCUCCGAUCAGCAUUUUUGGGGCCGAUCACCAAGAUCAUGAUCUGCCGAUCAGUGCCGAUCACAGAAUGGCAGUGGAAUGGGAAUCUUUUAUCUAUAAUCUAGCAGAGUUUGCACCAUUUGUAGAAAUGAAAUUAACUAUAAAUUAGGUAUAUUAUUGUUUUAAUAGAGAAUCAAAUAAAUAAGCACAACAAAUAUUUCUUCUUGCAAAGAGAAAUGUAAUAUGCCUUUUAAAAAUGUUUAUGUCUGUUAAAAGUAAUUAAAAUAAAACAUUUCACAGUCUUUACUGUAUUAAUUAAAUAUACACGCAUUCGUAUGAAGUACAACAGUUCUUCACUGAUGAACAGAGAGUAAUUUUAUUGAGAGAUGAAUUAGGAUACUGUAGCUUUAAGACGUGGGAGAGAUCGUUCUCUUCACAUGCACUGAUGACCGGCUGCUGGUGGUAUGCGUGCGGCGGGUGUCCGCAAACAAGAGCAGCUGUGAGGAAAAUGGAAGUUUAAACCUUCAAAACUUUAAAACGAAUGCAAAUAAUAAACUUUCGGCAUGAGGAUGCAAUUGUCCGCGAUAGAUAUGUGUUGUUUACGUUUUUUGAUAAGGAUGUGAAGACGCUUUGCGCUGAGGACCAGAGCGCGUCCUCAUAGUAGGUAUGAUGACAAAAUUUUCAAAAACCCCAAAACUCUAAAUUUAUCACAUGACUAGACAGAGCAGACAUUCCCAUUUGCAAAGAAACAAGGAUUGUCAAAAUCUAUUGAGUAUUGAGAAAGUUAUGAUAUUUUUAAUAUUAGAAAUCAGGGGGAAAAGUUAUAUAUGGAUGUCUAUGGAAUGUGUGUGACCGAAAUGCUGCUUAUUCACAAGUUUUUGCUUGUAACUUUCUCAUUUUAUCAGAUAUUUGCAUGAAAUUUUAACAGAAAGUAGAAUUUUGUUAGUACUUUCAAAAUAAAUUAUAAACAUUUACUGUUUUAGUUGGAAUGGGCAUCAAACUUUAGUUGGAAUGUGCAUCAGACCCAAUGGUAACCAUGGUUUUUAGAACGAUACCGGCAGUGGAGUUCUGACAGAACGUUCACUGUAGUCUAUUAAUAGAUACGCGACUACGAAAUUUCCGCGGUUUAUUUAAAUACCUUC